AUGGCAGACCCAUUUUCCAUCACCGGCAGCGCCGUCGGUGUCGUUUCCCUCGCCAUACAAGUCUGCAAAGGCCUGGAAUGGUACCUCAGUGGCGUCAAAGAAGCGAAGAACAAGGGUGAACAGAUCGCCGCGGAAACGGAGGAACUCGCCAACCUUCUCGAACAACUUGAAUCUGUCAUCGGGAAGGUGGAUCCAUCCCAACCAGUAUCAGCAACACGCACCGGCAUCGUGUCGUGUGCGAAUGCGAUCGCGACUAUUAGGAAGAAGCUCAAGCCGGAUGACCAAGCAGCGAGCGGUGGGAUCAAGUCGAGCUUGAAGAGAUUGACGAAGCGGCUGGCCUUUCCGUUCAAAGAAGCUGACAUCAAAUACUGGAAAGAUGUUCUCAACACCAUACAGCAAAGUCUACAGACUGCGCUACUCGCCCUUGUCAUCGACCAACAGAGGUUGGCUUCUGAGAUUGCUCGGUUGCACUACACCCAGCUAUCCAUGGACCAAAGCAUACAUCACUUCUCGAAUCUACAGCUGCAACGCGAUGUAUUCGAUGCGACAAGUCUUCAGCUCGCUGGACAACACACCUGCUGCGACAUUGGUCGCAUCGAGCACGAGGACGAUCCUGAUUACAGCAUACAACCAUACCCUCGGUAUUCUCCAAAGGAACUACGGCGCAUAACCAACGAGGACGCACAUCUGCGCGCACGACUGGAAGAGCUUGUACCCGAGCUUAUCUCUCAAUACGACUCUUUUGGGGGAAAGCUCCAAGACUUUGUCAUCGACGUUCUCAUUCCAACGAUGCGCAGAACUGUGAAGGAGUUGAAAGAGGAAGACAAAGCACUGUAUGCGGCAGGGCGAAGAGAGCUGGGCGUUAUCAUGAACGAGGAUGAAGAGGAAACGGAAGGGGAGAGUAGUGAAGUGGAAGAGGAAGAAACGGACGUCGAAGAAGAGUCGGACGACGAGUACUGA